AUGCAGGCCAUGAUGUUUGAAACUGAAGCAACUGAUCAAGAUAUAGAACCGUAUAUAAAUAAAACUAUUGACACAAAUGAUUUUGUGGAAGCAUCAUAUGAAUCUGAAGAACUUAACGAUUUCGAUGUGAACAUUGAAUUUGAAGAAGACGAAGAUAAUGUUGAAAGAAUAAUGGGAAAGGUUUUCGAUACGCCUGACGAAGCAUAUACAUUUUAUAAUGAUUAUUCCUUUUUACAUGGUUUUGGUAUACGUAAAGAUGACACAAUUAAAAGCACAAAAACAAAUGAGCCUUAUCGUAAGUAUUAUGUAUGUUGCAAAGAAGGUUUCAAACGGGUAGACAAAAAUGAUUCAAGUGGAAAUGAGAAAAAACAUCGUAGAGAUAUAAGAACCGGAUGUCAAGCAAAGCUUCGAAUUACAAGACAGGAGGAUGGGAAAUGGUUGGUUGACUUAUUUAAUGACACAAACAAUCACGAAUUGAAAAUGACACCAACGAUGGUGAUAAAGCAUCGACCUCAUAGCAAUUUCCACCAUUCAAUAGAAGGUAAAUCUCUUAUGGUGCAAUUUGGUCAAGCAGGGUUGAAAUCUUCUCAGAUUAAAAAGGUUGUUAAUAUAAUGAAAACCUCAAAUGUAGCUGAUGUUACUUCAAAGCAGCGUAUUGAUGUCUUAUUUGAGCAUCCAAAAAAAACAUAG